CAGCUGCUGCUGCCACGUGGCAGAUCGACACGUGGCAGGCGGAAGAGCUGAGGUGGAGAUGAUUCGUCAGCAAGCGGAAGGGCCAAAGCCCUAUGGCUACGACCAGGGCGGGGUGACCGGGAGCGGUCCUGGCGCCCCUGCCUCCCCAUCAGAUGGCACGUCAGCAGCGGCACAGCUGGCAGUGACCUGGUCGGUCGAUCUGGAUCGCGGUCUGAGAUCUUCGAAGCCUGGAUCUCAAGCUGAAGCUAUUGCCCGAGUAGGUCCUCGACUCCUAAAGUGGAAUGCUGCACUGUCUGGGACCACCAUCGGUGAAGGCAAAGCCUCUGUGCCAGCUCCGGAUAUAAGUCUGGUAAAUGCCGUUAUCCUUAGGUUAGCUGAUGCCUUUCGCACUGGGUCUAAUCAUACAAGGCUGAAUAUUCUUCGAGUGUUCAUGAUGCAAUACAGAGAAGGAUUGAAGGAAGAGGAACGACUACGCAGUCGUCAAUCUCGAGGGUCGAAGCCGGGACCUGUGGGACAAGCAGGUCGGGAUCGGGUUCGGCGCAGGUAUGGCGGAAUUCUCGCGCCGGGUCGGCUGCUAAAUCCCGCGCAAGUGCUGAAAAGAGUGAAGGCAGCCAUCUCCAGCAGCGAUCCUGUAGCGCGAGCGCUCACGCUCAGGAUGAUAGGCUGCUUGACACCUGUAGGUGCAGAGAAUCUGGACAUUCAUCGCGUCGUGCUGGGGUCUCUUCAAUCGCCUGAUCCUCUAGAGGUUCGUGCAGCUAUAUUCACAGUCUGUCGGUUUUGCGAGUUCUCGCCGGCCUUUGCCCGGUCGGCCUUCGCGCCUGUCGCGGACCUGCUCGAGUCGAUGACGACGGCGGCGGACAUACGCACGAGGGCUGUGGGCAUUCUAGGAAGGAUGGGGCUGUCACCGAACAUCGCGCUUAUGGCUCAUCAGUUAGGAGAACGGCUUCUGCUGAAGUACCCGACGACGGAGAUGGUUAUUUCAACGAUUGCGUCUCUGACAUCUUUGGCAGCAAAUUCAACAGUGACUGUUGAGAGACAGGUGUUGUUGCUGCUAUCGCUUAUCCAUGAAGACCCGCGUGUUGCAGUGCGGACUUCAGCACUCCAUUCACUAUGCGCUCUCGUAUCGAAAGCCAAUAGGGUGGCGCCACAGGCACUGUGCAAUUUGCAGCCAUUGAUUGACGUCCUGGAUGGCAGGGAAUCGGAGAAGGAGAUUCAGUGUGCUGCCUUGGCGACACUCACCAAGCUGUCCAAGAGUUGCAGUAUGGCUGUCAAGCUGCUGAGUUGGGAGGAGUUGCUACCGCUCCUUGAAUGCAUGGUUCUCGAGCGCGACUGGGACCGAACAGAAGCUGCGGUAAGACUUCUUGUCAGUCUGACAUGCGUGGCUAGCAGGUGCGGUCCUGAGAACAGCAGCAGGCCAAUGGAGUGGACCUGCACCUUGGAGGAGCCUUCUCCCAAUGAAGCGGCUCCCGAUUCGAUGGAGGUUGAAACGGAUGAUCCGGUGCGCCUUGGUCUGCGGCAUGCUGCCAGCUUGAUGAACGGUUGCCACACUGCGGAUCCAUCAUGUUGCCCUGUUCGGCAGAAUGUACAAAGUUCGCAACAUUUUGACGAGCUGUUUGGUCGCAGUGCGGAGAUGAAUGGUGGGGAUCGUGCCAACAUUUGCCUUGAAGAUCUCGCGAUCCGCGUUGUCGUGGUGCUGAUGGAACGGUCGGGUCUUGAGGUUCUGGAAGCUGUAGAAGUCGCGAUCGCCAAGCAUGUGAGGAGAUUUGCGAGCGGCAGGCAAGCAGUGGGAAGGAGAUCGCCGACAGGCGCACUGGGAUCGGAAGCCAAGGCAAGAGUCUGUGCGCAGGUUCGAUUGAGAGCUAAGGCACCGGUAAAGUUGUUGUGGGGACAGCUAUUGACAGUUCUCUGUGCAUUAUGUGAUGAUGAGGACGCAACUCAUGAUGGGGUCUGCGGUAUUGCGUUGCUGGAGGUUGUGGACUGCUUUUGUGGGCAGGUGCGCUCCCUCGUCAAGAGAUGCUCGCCUAAGUCUGAGAUCGGUGAAGGUUGCAUGAACUCUACAUCGUCAUCUGUCUCGGAAUUGCAGCGGACGAUCCCCGAAGAAGCUGCAGAUAUGGCGACUCUCAACAAAGCUGGAGAAGACAGAUGGAAGAGGAAGUGCAUCGAUGAAGUUGCUUGUAUGGAAGGCAUUCGGAUAUUAUGCCGAUGCAUGGUUGCUUGUGUAGGAUUGCCACUGCCGGCAGCGAUCGCAACAAAACUAAUCUCCGACAUAGAGUCUGUUGUGAACGAUGUGGACACAGAAGAAAGGACUGGCAAGUGCGAUCUGUUGCUGAGGCCAAUGGAAGAGGACAAGGGAAAUGCAGACUUGAGCAAGGGUUCUGUUGCGUGUGACUUGAUUGCCGCAGUAGCUCCUGUCGUGUUUGCAAUUUUGAUGCGCUCUUUCAGACAAGAUGUAGCCCGAAGCGCGAGGACGAUAAUUUGUGACGAGAAAAGAAAAGACGGAUCGGCGGCAAAGCGCCGUUGGAGCAGGAGGCUCAACAGAGCUGCGAAGGGGCUGAUUGCGCACAAGGAGUGUUGGAAGGCAUACCAGCUUGGGAUGAUGGGUGCGCAGGCGGGGAUGUGGGACCUUGCACUGUCUACUUUUGAGAGUUUGGAGAAGAAGGUCACACUCGAUAAAUUCUACCUGUGGCUCCAUGCGCUUGCGCAGGUUGCAAUGGGAGAGAAACUGCUUGCUGAUCACAGGGAGAAAGGGAAUGGCAGGUGUGGUCAAGUUGACGACAAGGAGGAGAAGGUAGACGCGUGCGAGGGUCAUAUUCAUGGUGACAAAAUGUGUGAGGACAAGACUACUAUCGGUGUUUCGGAUACGAAGAACGGCGAGGAUGAUGUUCUUCCUCCACAGGCGUCUAAGGGCCUUGCAAAUCUCGAGGCCGCCCUUGUCACGCUGAGUGCGAUGGCAGAUGGGAUGACGGCGCCUGCGUGUUUCGAGUAUGCCCACUGGUUGGUCCGGCUGCGUGUGCGAGCAGUGCAGUGCAUCUUUGAUGUUGUCAGUGCGCUCAGUAUUUUCACGCCUUCCCUAGAACGGGUGAAGGGAGGAGAGGAGGGCAAAUUGCAAGAUUCGAAAUGCGGCGACGAGCCUCAUCUUCUCGCCGCCCGGCGUCUGGCGGCCAACCUGGCCAGUCGCUUGGCAGCUGUUGCUGUGCAGUUCGACGACAUUGCGCGGUCGUUUGCAGCAAUUGAUGAUACAAGUAUUGCGGACAUGGCAAGAGCAUCGUUGGGUUGCUCGCUGAUCUGCUUCCUCAUCCUGUCAGUGUUCUCGGAAAUCCCAGCGUCCGAGAUUGUGCUGGCAGACACGAACUGCAGCAGCAGAGUCGCGCGUCGACGACAGGACGUUGCACAUGAUUCGAUGAGCGAUCAGAGUGCGAGGGAGAAAGAGCAACAACAUAGUCGCGCUGAUAUCGCUUGCCGUUUGCAAUCCACAAAUGCAGCCGAUCAGUGUACGGAGGACAUUGGCGUCAAACAGGCGAGAUUACGCUUGGCAGAGUCCGAAAACUCGUUGAUAAUCGAUGAAGGAGUCGUGUUUGCCGCUGUUGAUUUGACGGCCAGGUUGAAUCGUCUCGAGGAGAUGCUCUGCGGUAGGGGCAAAGUUCGAAGAACAGUUUGCGAUGCAAAUGGCAUUGGCGGCGAAGAGGGCGCUGAAGACGAAGAGGGCAGAAAAGAAAGCUGUGCUGGAAUAGACUGCCAACCGCAGGAUGAGAUUCUGAAUCUAUGCUAUGAGACGGUUAGUGAGAUUAGAAAUGCAGAUGACCUCAACGCGGAAGCUGGUAGUGGUGAGCUCAGGCAUCCGAGGGACAAAGGAUCACAUAAGCUCAGACUACUUAAGAAGGCAAUUGCCAGAUGGUUCCAGUCUUCCUGGCAUCUUCCGAAGGCUUUCUUCACCUUGAGGCGGCGGACCGCGGUUGAGAUGACAAUCUGUCAGGCUCGUAAUGCGAAGCUGGAUGGAAGACUUCAGGUAUCCGUUGGGGGAUUGCUAUCGUUGAAUGUCAACGGCAUGAUCGUCAACCCGCCCCCUUCCAUGCUAAGAACAAUCAAAUCGGUGGUGGUGUACGCAAGUCUUUUGGAGCCGGCAUGGAGGGUGCAAGUCCCUAAGGAGAGUUUGUAUUGCUUUCCAGAGCCUGAGGAACAAAUCUCAGACAAUGACAGCGAAGUGUACAAGCGCCUUUUCUCGUGUCUGACGAGGGCGAAGAAUGAUCCCAAGCACUUUGCAGACGAAGCUGUGUGCAGAGACAGGAUUAGCGCUGCUGCUGUCAGAUUUGCGAAUACGUAUUUGCCUCGGGCAGGACUCGCUUUGCGCAAUGCGAUAGUAUUGAGAGGGAAAGAGAGUUCCAUCAGAAGGCAGACGACAUCUUGUGAAGGCGUCAUCCGCUGCCAAGUGGCGCCAAAUGGGGCAUUCUCGGGCUCCGUUGUGCUAGACCUCGUGGGGACGCCAGUUGGUACUUACACCCUGCAGUUCACAACUUGGGGAAUCGACAAUUAUGGCCUUUCAUGGGCGCUAGGUGCACUGAAUGUAAGCCCAACAUUGACUAUAACGGGAGCAUAAUGGCAAGCAAGAAAGUGAAGUCUACAGGACCCUAAAUGUGUUGUCAAGCCUUAUUUCUCUCCUUGUGUGGGCUUUACCAUCUU